AUGCCUCAUCACUCCUUCCAACCACCAGGUGGCCCCCCACCCCUUCCUCCAACCACCAGAGGGCCCCCACGCCCUCCUUCCAACCACCAGGUGGCCCCCACCCCCUUCCUCCAACCACCAGAGGGCCCCCACGCCCUCCUUCCAACCACCAGGUGGCCCCCACCCCCUUCCUCCAACCACCAGAGGGCCCCCGACCCUCCCUCCAACCACCAGGUGGCCCCCACCCCUUCCUCCAACCACCAGAGGGCCCCCACCCCCUCCUUCCAACCACCAGGUGGCCCCCCACCCCUUCCUCCAACCACCAGAGGGCCCCCCACCCCUUCCUCCAACCACCAGAGGGCCCCCCACCCCUCCUCCAACCACCAGGGGCCCCCACCCCCUCCUUCCAACCACCAGGUGGCCCCCACCCCUUCCUCCAACCACCAGGGCCUCCGUCCCCUCUCACACCACACACCGUGUGUCUCAGAGCCUCGGUCCCCUCUCACACCACACACAGUGUGUCCCAGAGCCUCCGUCCCCUCUCACACCGUGUGUCACAGAGCCUCCGUCCCCUCUCACACCGUGUGUCUCAGGGCCUCCGUCCCCUCUCACACCGUGUGUCUCAGAGCCUCCAUCCCCUCUCACACCACAGAGACUCCGUCCCCUCUCACACCACAGAGCCUCCGUCCCCUCUCACACCGUGUGUCUCAGAGCCUCCGUCCCUUCUCACACCGUGUGUCUCAGAGCCUCUGUCACCUCUCACACCAUGUGUCUCAGGGCCUCCGUCCCCUCUCCCACCACAGAGCCUCCGUCCCCUCUCACACCUUUGUGUCUCUGAGCCUCCGUCCCCUCUCACACCGUGUGUCUUAG